AUGGGGGUUCUCAGUGUUUUCCCGUCUUCCGAGAUGAAAGUCGUCGUCGCUGGCUGCCUCCUCUUCUGCCUCCUUCUGUGGGGAGGUGUUGGUGGACAGACAGAGUCCUCCGUCGCUCAGCAUCCUCCUGGGUCUGCUGGUCUGCUGAGACAAGCAGGACGAGAUGCUUGCCCGACCUCGCCGCCUCCGUCCCUCCCGCUGACGAGCACGCCCUGCGGCCAAUCGGACUUCCUGGGAAGGAUGAGAGGCAUGGGCGGAGGAGCGGCGGAAGCCCGGAUCAUCGGGGGACAGGAUGCCACCAGCGCGGAGGCCCCCUUCAUGGCCUACUUGGAGGUUAAUCGAAGCGACGGCUUCACCCAAACCUGCUCCGGCUGCAUCAUCAGCGAUGAGUACAUCCUCACCUCCGCUCGGUGCAUCACGAGCUACUACUGGGAUCCCGCCGACAACGGAACGGUCUGGGUGGGGAGCGGAGAUCGGACGGCCGGGACUCCCUUCCUCGCCGACGCCCUCGUCCCGCAUCCCGAUUACGAUCCCUAUGGUCGCUACUCUCCGCAAGCCGAUAACCUCGCCCUCGUCCACCUUUCCACGCCUCUGACCUUCGGCCCGGGCAUCCAACCGAUCUGCUACCCGGCGUCCGACGACCUGGGGACGAGCGUCGCCGGGUGCGACAAGAAGGUCUAUGGCUGGGGGUCCCUCGACGACGGAGGCGCGGUCCAGACUCGGUCCUUGCAGCGGGUGGACGCGGAGGUGACCGGGAGGUCCGCAGACUGCUCUUCCUUCGGCGACGGGCGAGUCGUCUGCGUGGAGAUGCCUGCCGCUUAUGUCGACCUCAAUAUCGACUCUGGUGACGACGGUGGACCGCUGGUGGUGCGCUACGGUGGCCUGGCCUUCGUCGCCGGAAUGGGGGGCAUGCCCGGUCGCGGACAUCUUUACGUUUACGGUCGGACCUCGAGAAACGCCGACUGGAUCCAGUCCGUGAUGAACGGGGCAUAUGCCCCUUCGGGAGGGGCUAAUGCCCCUCCCGCCCCUCCCCCAACUUCUCUCCUUCGGCAU